AUGGUGGAGCCGGAACUGCAACAUGCUCACCGAUUGUCGGCUGACAAACAAAUCGUCUCGAAGGCUGAGAUUCCUUUGAAAGAACGUUUCUUCCCUUACUUUCAACGUGAAAUCACUGCCUUGCAGGAGAAGAUGGAUGGUUUCGCUCAUGAAUCGCUAGUCGAUGGUGAGCGUGCUGAAGUCACAGAUCACUGUUUAGCCGGAAUCGUGUGGCUAUCCAAUGAGGUCAAUGAUGCAGCGAGCUACAUUCCUACAUAUGGUCAGAGGGUCUAUGCAGAGGUGCGCAGAGUUAACAAUAUCACUGCAUGGGGAAGUUGCUCUUACCUCGUCAAGGCAAUCAAAGCCCUGCAGGACAAACUGAAUGAGACGCGUACUUAUCCCAGGCGACCGCUCCCCAGGUACAUCGUCUAUCGGGUUUCUGCCAACCAAAGUUCGAGUGACCCAUCCACCCCCUUCAAUGAACCAGACAAACAGCGGCAGGAGUGGCCAGAAGUUGAGCCAACUUCAUUCCUGGGAAUCUCGCCCACAGAGGUGCAGGCUAAAUCUCAACUAGAGUCGGAGCCUGUCCCGGCAUUCGCAGCUAGUGGAGUAUCCUCUGUCUCUGUUGAAAAUCAUCACAACCUCCACAUAAUGCUCCCAGCUUUGGACGGGAAUCCUUAUGCUAGUCUGACUGUCAAAGGCGUCCCAGAGAGCUUGCUGAUUUGCGGCCAAGUAAACGGACCAGCAUAUAUCACCGAGGUAGAGCACAGUAUAAUUGUGGUUUCAUGUCGCCAAUUCCACAUGCACAACUGUACCGACGAUGACGUCUACAUCAGUUGCUCGAGCAAUCCCAUCAUCGAAGAAUGUUCCAAUGUCCGACUUGGCCGUAUACCAAAGGCAUACGCCCUGAACCAUGACCACCUUGAUAACCAAGACCACUGGAAUGAGGUUGAAGAUUUCAAAUGGAUUAGGCCUGAGCCCAGCCGGAACUGGAGUCUUCUGGGCCCUGGCGAUGUGGUUCCGGAGGAAGUCUGGGUCGAGAUCGUUCCCGGUGGACCGGGGUGGUCCCUGGAGGAUAUCCUUCAUGCCAUCAGAUUGGUGAAGACAUGA